AGCUUAGCUUAGCUAAACUAAACUAACUACUAAGAAAGAAAAAGAGAGAAAAACGAACGAACGAACGGACGAACAUUCCCAAAAUCUCGCCGCCCCUCCUCUGAUCGCCGGAGACGGCCGCGAAUCUCACUCCGUUCAGAUCAGCGCCGGGAAACGAAUCCUGAAGAAAAAAGGAAUGUGGAAUCUGUCAAACCCUUAUUCUGGGUUCUACUGCUGUGUUUCUUAAAAGUCGAUCAGGGUUUCUGAAACGAUUGGGUUUUUGUUUCUGAAAAAUUCGCAAUGUGAGGUGAAAUUCCGGCGAUUUGGGCCUGAAUGCGUUGUCGAUUUUGAAGAUGGUGGCUGCCGUUACGGGGGCGCCUUCAAACCCUCAAAAUCCCAAAAUCGGAGACGAGCCUUCGCGCAGAUCGCCGUUGCUGCCGUCGGAGAAGGACAACAGCAAUGGCGCCGGAGGAAAUCACCGGAAACCUAAAUCCAGAGUUGUCUCUUCGAGGUAUAUGUCUCCUUCGACUUCCUCUUCCACUUCGACUUCGAAUUCGAAUUCGACCCCAAUUUCUUCUAGAAGGCAUCCCUCCCCUUUAAUUUCGAGGAAUUCGACCUUGCCUCCGAGCCUAUCUUCUUCAGGCUCCAAACGCGCCGUUUCCGUCGACCGGCGGCGUCCGGCCGCCGCCAGGCCUCUGAUUCCCGAUCUGGAUUCCAAACACGGCGGCGAUUCUGAAAUCUCCGCCGCGUCGAAGCUUCUCGUCACGUCUACUCGUAGAUUGUCAGUUUCUUUCCAGGGAGAAGCUUUUUCGUUACCUGUUAGUAAGGCCAAAGCUGCGCCUGCUUCCCCUAAUUUGUGCAGCAUUCGAAAGGGCACUCCAGAGAGACGAAGGUCUGUAACAGCUACGCCAUUGAGAGGGAAAAUCGACGGAGCAGAAGAUCAGGCGGAGGGUUUUGCUUCUGCCGAACGCCAUCGAUGGCCUGCAAGGAAUCGACUGGUUAAUUCACUGUCGAAGAGCUUGGAUUGCAAUGGUGGGGAUAGGAACAAGAUAAUAGGAUCUUCCGAUGCAAUUCGAGCCCUGCAGCAAUCGAUGUUCGACGAAACGGGGCCUCUCGAUUUGGGCAAUCCACGGCCCCUCAACGGAAGUUCCGGCAAUGCCGAGGCAUCAUCCACACCUUGUGAUCUUACAGCUUCCGAUUCAGACAGCGUUUCUUCCGGCAGCACUUCAGGAGUUCAAGAAUGCCUCGGGGCUUCCCGUGGUCGUGGAAUGGCUGUCCCAGCACGAUUUUGGCACGAAAGUAAUAGUAAAUUGAGGUUUCGUGAUCCCGGCUCGCCAUUAUCGACGAGCCCUGGUUCAAAAUUGAUUGCGCCGCCGAAGCUGAAAAGGUAUUCGAGCGAUGUUGUCCCGUUGUCCACCACUCCACGGACAAUGUCGUCCCCUGUACGAGGAGGUGUAAGGAAUGCGUCGCCUAGCAGACUUAUUGCACCUGUGGGGUCAUCUCCUUCGCGGGGCUAUAGCCCGUCUCGGAUUAGAAAUGCUGUCAGCACUAUUAGCAAUAAUUUUGUCGAAACGCCUUCGGUUCUUAGCUUUGCAGUUGAUAUACGAAGGGGGAAAGUUGGGGAGAACAGAAUUAUCGACGCGCACUUACUUAGACUUCUUUACAAUCGGCACCUGCAAUGGCAGUUUGUUAAUGCAAGAAUCGAAGCUGUCUUGUUGGUGCAGAGACACAGCUCCGAGAGGAAUUUGUGGAAUGCUUGGAUAACGAUCUCGGAUCUCCGCGACGCCGUUACGAAAAAGAAAUACCGAUUGCAGCUGAUGAGGCAAAAGUUGAAAUUAGCUUCCAUUCUAAAAGGACAAAUGAAUCUUCUAGAAGAUUGGGCUUCUCUAGAAAAGGACCUCUCGGUUUCCAUGGUUGGCGCCAUUGAAGCAUUGAAGGCUAGCACACUCCGUCUUCCGGUAGUCGGAGGAGCGACCGCUGACAUCCAAAGCUUGAAGGAUGCAAUUGGAUCAGCCGUCGAUGUUAUGCAGGCAAUGGCUUCUUCGCUCCGUCCUCUUCUGCCUGUGGUCGAUGAAGUGAAUUCUCUAGCGACAGAACUUACGAAACUGACUGCCAAAGAGCGAUCCUUGCUUCUACGAUGCACGGGGUUUCUGUCAUCGUUAGCAGCCUUGCAGGUUAAACACAGUAGCCUGAGAACACACGUUGUACAGCGGCGCGGACCUAACUCUGUAUCGUCAUGAGCCUGACAACAAGUUUUUAACUGAAUUCGGACAUUCUAUUCUAUGGUAGAUUCUAACAUCAUAGACUACUACGACGACGACGACACGACUGCCGGCCGGCCGGAUUCUGGUGUGCCAAUUUUUGCAGCGGCAUUUGUUUGUUUGUUUGUUUGUUUGGGAGUCUGAAUUGAGUCGAGUCCUGUUGUGGGUCAGGUAUUGGAUAGCUAGCUAUUGAUCGAUGAUCAUAUCAUAUCAUCUUCUUAUUCACUAAUUACUUCUUUUUCUUUUUAUCUUUCACUCUGUCUUACAUGAAAUUCGUUUCUUAGGAGAAUGAACAAACUGAUGUGUGUCUGUGUGUAUGUGUGAGAGUGUGAUGUAAUAUUCUAACUGCUUUAAUGUCUCGAAAAGCAUUUCUUGUUCA